AUGUCUCCGAACACUCGCCACCACAAUCUAACCAUCCGCCGCCUUUCUGUCCCCUGGUGGAGACUUCACGCAUGCGGUCCACAAACAACGCACACGAUGCUCAAUCGGGAGAGCGUAGAUCCGACUGUCCUGUGCGACCUGACUCUAACGACCCAAACAUUGUUACCGACAAUAACGGCAACAAUGGGAAGCCAAAUCACAAAUAUGUUCAGUGGUGGAAAAUACGUAUUAGCCCCGGCCGCCGAUGAUGGCACGGACGGUUGUGAAACCCAGAGUGAUAUACGUUCUUUUGACUGUGACGAUCUGGACGUGGCUGCCCAUGAAACCGUCGAAACGGAUGGAGUAACCUGGGUAGAGACCGAAGAUGUGAAUGAGAAGUCGCUGCGUGUAGAACCAAUGACCGACAACGUAACGAAAAAUCGUUCACUUGAAACUGAUCCGAUACCGAAUACGACUACGACAGAGGAGAAGGAAGAUCUCGGCUACGCGCCGCAGCCCGGUAUUGCCGAAAGAGGAUGCAACAUACGGUGGGAUCUCAUUCCCAAGUUCCCAAAAGACAUUCCGUCCAAUAAGCUUUGGGAAAAUUGGCAGAGAUUUAUCGGAAACUUCGAAACAGCGGCGUCUCUUUCAACCUUUACCGGAUCCGCAGACCGCGCAAAGUUGCUGUACUUGUCGCUAGGACAGUCAUUGCAAGAUAUUAUCAGUGCGGCAGACCUAGAACCGAACUAUCGCGACCCGAGAUGCUACUCGACCUUCGUCGCAAGCGUGAACAACUACUUUAAGUCGAUGACCGACACGGCCGCGGAGCACGAGGCGUUUCAAGCGAUGCGGCAGGCGAAAGGUGAAACAAUUGUUUGUUUCCACGCCAGACAUACCCGUAAAGUUCGACUCUGCGGCUACAGUCCCUCCGACCAAGUUCGUUUUGUCCUUGCACAACUUCUCAAGGGAAUGCAGAAUCGCCAAAUAGCAGUUGCUGCUAGGACAUACGGGCACGAUGCAAGCUAUAUCGUGCAAGCAGCUACAAGGGUCGAGUCCCUAGCCGAACCAUACGAAGCCGACCAACAACGUGUGGAGAACAGUCCGCCUGAAGUUCAUGCCAUCAACCGAAAACGAGAACACAGCCGUGAAAGAGAAUCCUUCCGUAAAGUCCGGAAGGUAGAAGCGAACAAGGGAUUCCGAUACACAAAUUCGAGAGAGCCAUCACAGAAUCAUCGUAAAGGUCAACGCAAUCGGUGCUGGAAAUGUGGGUACCUGUACCACAAAAGGAAUGUCUGCCCGGCUAUGGAUAAACCGUGUAACUCAUGUGGUCGAGUUGGACACUUCGCUUCAACCUGCCGGGGAAACUCAAGAAGUGCGGGGGCUAACUCCGUACAAGAAACUCGAAACGUCCCACUAAAGCCUCUCCCACCAGGAUGGACCCAGGACUCGAACGACGAGCAGCAAGUAAAUUCGGUUAUUUUCCUGAGUGACGCAAUUGUUCGCUGUCGUCUGGGCUCGUCGAGUCCUUACAACUUCCUUGUAGAUUCAGGGGCUGACGUUAAUAUCAUAGGUGGGAACGACUGGAUGUACCUGGAAGCUGAAUUUCGUAACGGGAUGGCCAAACUGGACCCGAUACAUGAAUUUGAAGCUAGGGAACUUCGUGCAUAUGCAGUAGAGGCACCAAUGGCAGUACGUUGUGCUUUCAGAGCAGUGGUUGAAGUGGUAGGCGCCAUCAAACCAACCGUGACAGCUGAGUUCCUCGUUGUGGAUGAAGGACGUCGGUCCUUACUUGGCCGUCAGACAGCUAGCGAAUUGAAGCUGUUAAAAGUUGGGCUUACUGUGAACAGCUGUGAUCAAGCGCCCGCGACCGGAAUGUUCCCAAAGGUACCUGGCGUAAAGGUAAAAUUCAGUGUCAACAAGGCAAUCCCUCCUACGAAGAAUGCCUACUACAACGUGCCAGCAGCGUUUCGUGAGGCUGCAAGAGAACGGUUAGAAGACAUGGAAGCACGUGGCAUCAUCGAACGAGUGACGAAAGCACCUGAGUGGAUCAGCGGGAUGUCGGCGGUACCCAAAGGUAAGAAUGACUUCCGUCUUGUAGUCAACAUGCGCGCUCCAAACAAGGCCAUACAGAGGGAAUACUUCCGCAUGCCUCUAAUUGAUGAGAUGAAGAUAAAACUUCACGGGGCAAAGUUUUUCACUAAGCUGGACCUCAACAACGCCUACCACCAUCUCGAACUGUGCAAGGAAUCGCGCGACCUUACCACAUUCUUGACUGAAACUGGUAUGUACAGAUUUACACGCCUAAUGUUUGGAGUGAACUGUGCACCUGAGAUCUUUCAGAGGGAGAUGUGCCGCUUGUUGGAGGGCGUGGAAAACAAAAUAGUUUACAUCGAUGAUGUACUAAUAUUUGCCGAUACGUUGGACAAACUAAGAAGAACAACUGCUCAAGUUCUGGAAAUACUUCGAGCAAACAAUCUCACCUUAAACCAAAAAAAAUGCGAGUUCGAUAAAACCUUCGUAACAUUCUUGGGACAUGGGCUAGAUGAAAAGGGGUUCCACGUAGAUGAAGCAAAAGUAAAGGCGAUCCGGCAGUUCAGAGCUCCAGCUAGCGUUUCUGAACUGAAAAGUUUCCUGGGACUUGCCGCAUUUGUCAGCCCUUAUAUCAAGGACUUCGCGAAGAUCUCAAGCACCCUGUGGGCCGCCACUACCAGCAAAGAUUGGUCUUGGGGUCCUGAAGAACUUGCAGCUUUCAACGCACUCAAAGAAGGAAUCACAGAAUGUACAACGACCCUCGGUUACUUCUCGGAUAACGAGAACACGAUUUUGUAUACUGACGCAUCACCCAAGGCUCUCGGUGCGGUUUUAGUACAAGAAGGUUCAAACAAGCCCCCACGCAUAAUCAGUUUUGCUUCAAAAGCCCUAACCGACACGGAAAAACGGUAUGCGCAAAACCAGCGUGAAGCACUGGCCACCGUAUGGGCGGUGGAACACUUUUCGUUUUUCCUGCUUGGGCGGCACUUCACGCUGAAAACAGAUGCACAGGGUGUCGCGUUUAUUUUGAAUCGUUCGCGGGAGAGUUCAAAACGGGCCUUAACUAGAGCCGAUGGAUGGGCCCUUCGGCUCAGCCCAUACGACUAUGAGGUGGAGUAUAUCCGUGGUCGCGAAAAUAUUGCUGACCCGCCCUCACGACUGUACACGGGAAACGAUGCCCCGUUUGACGAUCAGCAAAGUCCAUGGGAAAUUGCAUCCUUAGAAGCGAAAUCUGUCGGAUUUUUAACGGUUAAGGAGCUCCAAGAAGAAACAGCGCUGGAUACAACUCUCCAGAGUGUGAUAGAUGCACUGGAAACACGAAGUUGGACCGACGAGCUUAGAACAUUUGAAAAUGUGGCAGCGGAUCUCUCGCUUAAGGAUGGAAUCUUAGUUAAAAACGGGUGUGCCGUGGUUCCUACCAAGCUGCGAUCGAAGACAUUGAACCUGGCCCAUAACGGUCACCCAAUGACUGCCAAGCUUAAGAGCAUUUUAAGAGAGCGAGUUUGGUGGCCCAGGAUGUCAUCUGAUGCAGAAGAGUGGGUAAAAUCAUGCCAAACUUGCGCGAUUAAUGGGCGACCGGAGAAACCCACACCAAUGAAGAGAAUUCCAGCACCACAAGCGGUUUGGGAGACCAUAGCAUUGGACUUCAACGGCCCUUAUGCGAGGUUCGGAGGGAUUUCCAUUCUGCUGAUCGUCGAUUAUAGGUCAAGGUUCCUAAUUGCCCGUCCGGUGAGGUCCACAAACUUUGAGCAGACAAAGGGGGUGUUGGAGGACGUUUUCGCACGCGAAGGCUUCCCAAAAACUAUUCGCUCCGAUAACGGACCACCGUUUAAUGGUGAUGAGUAUCGAGCUUACUGUGCCGACCGGGGUAUCGAAGCUGUUUUCUCGACUCCUCUGUUUCCGCAGCAGAACGGCCUCGUCGAGAAUUACAUGAAGCUGGUGAACAAGGCGAUGGCCACCGCCGUCAGCAAUGGAUCCUGCUUUAAAAUAGAAUUACAAGCCGCCAUCAACGCGCACAAUGCGGCCGCUCACUCCGUUACUGGACAUCCACCGGAAGAGAUAAUGAUGGGACGAAAGAUAAAACGACAUCUUCCUUUGCUGCAUCACGAAAAAGUAAAUCAUGACGACGAAGCUAUUAACCGCAGAGACAAACUAGCAAAGCUUAGAUCGAAGGAGCGCGAAGACAUCAAAAGAGGAGCACGCACAAGUCGCGUAAGCCCAGGGGAUACGAUUAUCAUCGAGCGACAAGCCCGCGCCAAAGGUGAAAGUAGAUUCGAUCCACAGAAAUACACCGUGAUUCAAGAGGACAAUGGGAGCCUUGUUUUACAAAAUGUUCACGGCCAAAUUGUAAAGCGGCAUGUAACUCAGACGAGGAAGGUGGGACACUGGCGCACUCCUACCAAUAACACUGGCGAAACUACCCUGGUCAACACAAACGAUGACAUCCGAGAUGCUGGUCCGUCUGAGCGGCCCCGUAGAAUGAGAACCGCUCCUUCUUAUAUGAAGGACUACGUCCAAGCACUUGAAAAUUGA